AUGGAAGAUCAAUCUAAGGGUACAGUUAAAUUAGAUCAGCAUCUUCAGGAAUUACUUAGAUUCAUCAAAGAAACUAAUGCUAAGAAAAGGAUUGAAGGUUUCAACGAGUUGGCGAAAUUAACAAUCUUUCCGACCUUAGUACCAAGUAUUGACUAUUUUAUUGCAGAAAUUCUUGUUCAGGUAAUCCAGCGCUCUAACGAUCAGUACGAUUCUGUGCGUGUUGCCUGUAUGAAUUGCUUAUUUACGUUAAUAAAGCAACUUGGCACUAAAAAUUUCGACAGUGUAUUAGCAACAGUACUUCCAACAUUGUUCAACCGUAUCAAAUCCGAAAACUGCGAAGAAGUUCUCGUUGCAAUUCUUAAUAUUCUUGUUUAUUUUGUUGACUUAACAGGUGUAGAAACAGUUCCUUCGACAUGGGAUGAGUACGCACGCCCAACAAUCAUCGCUUUAGCUACAUCAUGUGCUUCAAAUGCCCCAGAUGUCAAAUUAUUAUCAGCCCAGAUUCUCGAAACCAUGUGUGGCAAGAUUGCUCGCUCAAUGUACAGGGAAGUAUACGAUUUGGAAGCAGAAGAUGAAGCAAAACAAAAAAUAAAUUACUCAGAAGCUUUAAUUAAUGCACUUCUCAAGAACAUUGUCCACAGAAACAAGGACAUUAGGAAGCAAACUCUCCAAGCGUUAGCCAAAUUUUACGUAAUUACAACCAGCGAAUACAAAUUCGAUUCUAUUGCCACUUUACUUGAACAAAUGAUCGACGACAGGAUUCUUUCCGUCCGUCUUGCUGUUGUAGACUAUGUUAAAACACUCCUUGUCCAACAUGACAACAGACAUAUGUAUUAUUCCCAAUAUUUACCGAUUCUUCUUACUUCGAUCUACAGUUUAGUCCCUGUUCGCAAGAUUACAGAGGAUGAAGUCGUCAAACAGCCAGAAGUAACAAAGCAAGCCUAUCAAGCUUGGAAAGCUCUUGACGCCAUUGGAAAACAGCAUGAGGUUGACAAGAAGGACGAUUACGCUCAAGAAAAAGAAUACAUUGGCCCGACAGAUUUCGAUGAAAAAAGAAAAAUUUGUGUUGGACUUCGCCAUAUCCUUCAAGAUAACUACAAACAGAUGAUGGACCAUCUCAUUCCAAAGCUCAUCGAGUGGACAGAGCAAAUCAGAGUCUUCGGGCUUCGCGCUGUUGCAUCUUUGAUUCAAUUGACCGGCCAAUACUCCGUAAAGACUGUUGUUGACGUCAUGAAGACUCUUGGACAGUCAAUAAAGACAAUCCGUGGCGAUCAGGAGUUCGCAAUGCGCGUUGCUGCAAUUUUGGCAUCAAAUGUAAACGAAGACGAUUUAAUUGCUCCUAUCGUAUCUAAUUUCACAAAUGAGGGACCACGAGAGAUCGUUUUGUUGUUACAAGUUGCUCUUGUAAAUGCAAAAUUUUCUGAUGGUGGUUUGGCUUCAAUUAUCGAUGGAAUUAAUAACAACAGAGUAUUUGAUGCUCUUGAUUGUAUUAAUAACCUCGCUGAAGCCGUUUUGGCCCUUAUUGUCCACGCAAAUGAGAAUUUCAGAGAUGUUAACAGUAAUAUCAUUCUUAUAACAAUUCUCAGGAUCGGCGAGAAAGGUGAUGCAAUGCAUUACUUCGAGAACUGCUUCGGAAGACCUUUGGCCACUGUUUUCAGCGAACAAAUGCAAAAUUUGCUCAGAGUUACAGAUAAAAGCUCCGGAUACCUCAGCAAAUUGUUGCUUAAAGUUCCACCAUACGCUAUCCAGAACAAUCUUAGAGAUGUUUGCCAGGCAAUUUGCGAAUCAAUUGCACAAUCAGAACAGGAAGGCACAAAAGAGCUGAUGGACCUUAUCACUACAUUAUGCUACAAAGGAGCAAUCACAGAUAUCACGGAACAGCUCUUUGAUUUGGUUAUUAACAAGAUGGAAUGGAGUAUUGGAAAAGAAAACGUUCCACCACGUGAAGCAGCCACAUUGGCCUUGGCCGCAUUACUUAAAUCAGACGCAAUCACUCAAGAACGUUGUGAUGAGAGCCUUGAUAAGAUUUUACCAGCAGUUUUAUCAGCUCUUGAUGAUUCAUGGUCUGAUCCAGUCAGAGUUGCAGCCAUUGCACUCGCUAGAGAGUUUAUCGCUAAAUCCAACAAAUUAAAUACAAAAUUCAGCGAAAUUUACAAGGCAAUCAGAGAAAGAAUGGACGACCACGUUCUCUCUGUCAGAGUUAACGCUGUUUCCCUCAUGGCUGACUUCCUUGUUAAGUGUUCUCAAACAAAGGACCAAAUUCCAGCAGAAACACCAGCAACAACAGAAGAAGAGAAGCCUAAAGAUGGAGGAGAGAACAAGGAUAAGAAGAAGGAAGAAAUUCCUGUGAAAUAUGAAGAUAUUCCGAAGAAAUUCGAAGAUUUACUUGUAUUUAUCGAUGAUAUGGUCAAAGAAGUUAGAGAAGCAAUGGAGAUAUUCUGUGAAAGAGUUGGCUCCGUCGAAGAGUGGAAAGAACCACUUUCUACAACUUUGAAAUCAGUUAUUCAGAAUAAUAACCAUGAUGAUGCCACAGAACUCGCUAAUAAGGCAUUGGAAAAGCUUGGCACCAAAUAA